UAGUAUCAUAUAAGGUGUCCGCCCGAAUGUUAGCUAUGGUCCGAAAGUUAGCAAAUUAUCAAAUAUCACAGUUUGCCGCCAUUGUUUGUGCUCUUAGCUAGUAUCAUUUUUAUUUCGAAUGGAAAGUAGCUUUGUUGAUUGUCACUGUCAUAUAUCAGCCCGCGAAUUUGAAGAGGAUCUGGGGGAUGUGAUCCAGAGGACCACAGAGGCCGGAGUAGAGACUCUGGUUGCGGUCACAGAAGAAGUCAGAGAGUUUUCCAGAGUCCUUCAGCUGCAGGAGCGUUAUCCAGAUCUGGUGGCUCCAUGUUUCGGCGUCCAUCCUUUGCAGGGCAUUGAGGGCCCCGAGCGCCGCAGUGUGAAGCCUCAGCUCUUAAUGAAGAAGGCUUUUCCACAGGACCUGGAUGUCGCAGUACCUCAGUUCUACAAGCACAGCGAACGCCUCGUCGCUGUCGGAGAGAUUGGUUUGGACUUCACGCCGUGGUGCGCUCCCACCCAGCAGGACAGAGACGACCAGAUGAAGGUCUUCAUCAAACAGCUGGAUGUCGCCAAAGAGCUGGAUCUGCCUGUGAACGUCCACUCACGAUCAGCUGCCAAGGUCACCAUAGCAACCAUGAGAGAACGAGGUGUCGGUCGGGCUCUGCUUCAUAACUUUGCAGGGAAACCUUCUGUCGCUCUGGAAGGUGUGAGGGCUGGUUACCUGUUCUCCUUUCCACCUGCUGUCUGCAGGAACCAGCAGAGAGACAAACUGAUCCAGCAGAUCCCACUGGAACACAUCUGUCUUGAAACUGACUCUCCUGCUCUGGGGCUCGAUCAGCACGUGAGGAAUGAGCCUGCUAACAUCGUCCUGUCCUGCCGGUACAUCGCUGACGUCAAAGGUCUGCCGCCGCAGACUGUUCAGCUCGUCACCACGCAAAACGCUAAGCGACUUUUCCCCAAGAUGAGCAGAAAAUUUCCCUCCCGAGCUCACCCCUCCCAGCCAGUGAUCGCCAGGCAUGAGGUGAAGCGAGGUGAACAGGUGAGUAAUCACUCCCAGUCACGGAGCACACACAUAGCGACGCUGCCUGCACCUGAUAGGCCCAUGCAAAGCAAACACACGAACAGGAGUGCGUCAGUGAGUCAGAACUUCUUACGCCUCUCUUCGAAGUGCCUCCUCUCUGGAAGCUUGGCGGGUGGCGACCUCUCGCUGCAGGCCGCCCUGCGCUGCGGUCCGGCGGUCAGAGCGGUGAGGAGGGCCGGGCUGGUCCGCAGGUGAUUCCGGAAAUGUCUCCUCUCUGCCCUCCCCCAGGACUGCCGAGGGCUCACCUCCACCUGACACCACGUCUCCCUCCGUAGGUUCAGCUCCAGGAGAGCCUGGUCCUCAUUUCCGGACAUUGUGUGUUUGUCUUGAUGUGCUUUGGGGUGUAUUUCUCCUGCUGGCAGUUAGUUUGUGAUGCUGGCGUUACCAUUGCAACGUGAAACCCGAAGAGCCACCUGCAAGCCAAAGAUCCUUUAUGCUGUAAGAUGAGUUACUCCAUUGAGAGUUCCCAGUGUUUUCAUACAUCCUAUAAACUUUUAUUCUCUCUCUUUGGUUGGCCAUGUCAAUUUUACUUUUGGUUCCAUUACUCUUAAAGUUACUGCAAAUCUUAUGACUCAAAUAAAAGGUACAACCAUGGAAAAUUAUAGAGAUGGACCAAAAAUAGAAUGUAUUGGCAAAGUAUGAUCCUGUCAUGGAUAUUGUAUUGUGUACAGUGGUUUUAAACAUGAGGUCCAGGGACUCCCUGAGGUACUUGAGGGGGUUCUAGGGGGUCCCCAACAAAAUGGCAGAUAAUUUAUCUUCCCUGUAAUUCUAUCCAUUUCAUCAGUGAUGGACUGUAUGAGUAGUUUGGUCACAGGCUUCAUGUGCUUCCUGGAAUAGAAUAUCUUAAAGCAAAUUUCAUUCAGUGACCCUGGGACAAAACCUUCUGACUGCUUAGAGGUGAAAAGCUUCCCUGCAAGAAAGUGAUUGUCAUGUAAUGGUGUGUGUGUGUGUUUGUGUGUCUGUCUGUGUCUGUUACUGGGCAACAAGACAGGAUUCAGUGACAGGAGUGAGAGCUCACCUCCAUCAGGCCCAGGCUCAGUAUCACUGAAGUCAGGUUAUUUGAUCCUCCUGUGACCGACCUGCGCACAGGGCGGUUAAGAGUUAUUCCUGUUUCUUGCUUGACGGCACUUUAAUGUAAAUAAGCACCAUGUUUGUCUUAUUUUCACACAUAUUGACGAAACAGGAAAGUGCGUGUGCACUAAGUGUGAGUGGGAUCAGACUCGUGAAGCUUGUACCUGCGGCAGUGGAGUCCCACUGGGUCAAAGGAUGAUUAGGAUUAGAACAGAUAACAGCCUGAACAUAUGGACGGGCUGAUUAUAAGGACGAUGCAGCAACUCAGGCCUGACAGGAAGCAACACA